CAGUGGUACCAGAACUACUCGCUCUGCGAGACUUGCCACCGGCAGAGGGGCCACAGCCAGCUGUGCCUGCUCUGUGGGAAGACGAGUCAAGAGGAUGCUGUCAUGCUGCUCUGCCAGCUCUGUCAGAGGUGGGUGCACAGGGGCUGCGACGCGACCAUGGCUGGGGCGCGACGUGGGCAUGUGGACAACCAGCUGGAGGAGGAGUACGCAUGUCCUGGCUGCUUUGGACCCGGCCAGGGAACAGCACACCACCCCAUGGACAUCAACCCCCUCGCAACGACUCCUCGAAGUCGGGAGCCGUUGAUCUGGACGUCUCGUCUAAAGCGGAUCCCUCUGAAGUUACAGAGCAGAGUGCAGAAAAGGAACGGAAGGAUGUCUCCACUCGGGGUUCUGCAAAGCCACAGGAAAGGGAGCAGGUCAACACCAGGACUACCCCAGAGAACCAGGCUAAUCCGGAGUCAAAUGCCGCCUCACACAAUAACGAUGGAACUAAGCAUAACGAGUCUGUGUUGGAGAGGCUCCGAUUAGAUGAGGAGCCGUGUCCGGAUCAGCAGCCAUGUCCAGAUGAGCAGCCGUGUCCAGAUGAGCAUCCAGCCCAGCCUGUGGAGCAUGCCCUCCCAGCAGAAGCACUGUCGACUCCAGAAGACACACAGAAAUUGAACCCCCCCUCAGACCCAUCAUUACCGGGCAGCGGAAGCAAACCCGAGGAAAAAGAACCUCCGCAAGCGAAGGUAGAGAAACACUCUUUGCGGGAAUCCUGCAAAGAUGAGAAACCCCCUGCAGAGAAUGAGCCUCGUGCAGAGCACUCGGCAGUGAAUGCCGAGUGUCCUGCGGAAGUUAAGACGGAUGAAGAAUCUCUGAUGGAGAAAGCGAAAGAUGUUUUGGAGGUGAACAUGGCAGAAGAGCCUCAGCAGGAUGACAGUACAGAUCAAGAAGUUCCCGUACAGAGUGUAGAGGACAAUAUCGUGGAGACCCAGCAAGAGAUGCCACAGCCCAUGGAGGUGGAUGUUGCGGCACCGGAUUCUCAGCCAAUUCCAACUGCUGAACCAGACGGGCAUGCAGACCCAUAUUGCUUAAAGGAUGGCAUUAAACUGGAGAAGGAUUACUGCGAUCAACCCGCCACAGAAAGUUACACUGAAACGGACAAGCUGCUUCUGUCAAAAACAGAAGCUGUCCAAACAGCCAAACUUUCUGUCAAUGCAGCCAGUCCUCCCAACAUGGUCGAUGUGAACAUGGAGACCGAGGAACCAACGGCACCGGAUGUUGGGGCCCUCAAAAUUGAUGGAGAGCAGAUGUCCUCAUUAAAUGUUGGCACUCCUCCUGCACAUGAACUGAAGCCUAAAUCCAAGCCAGAGAAUGUGCAGGUGGAUCCGGACGGGUUCUCGGAUCUGGUGGAUGGCAGCAGGUGCGCCGGCUUUGACUCGCCUAUGAUGGCGGAUUCCAGCUUUGCAACAGAAGGGCAGGACUUCUCCAUGCUCUCUGAUCCAAGCCUGACGCUGGAAGAAGAUUCCUUGAGCCCCGAGUUCUUCCUCGACUCUUGCAGCUCGGAUGUGCCUUACUACGCGGCCGCGCUCACGCCGCCCACGCAUGGCAUGGGCAAACCCAUGAUGGGCAAGCGUAGAUUCUCCCCAGGAAGGCCCAGGGUCCGGCAGGCUGCUGAUGCAUGUGUCCUCGCCAUGCAGGGCCGUGGAGGUGGAUUUCCGGGUAAGCGGCGGCCUCGUGGUGCCGGGAGUUCGGGGAGGGGUGGUCGGGGUCGCUCGCGCAUCAAGACGAGCUGCAGCCCCAUCAUCGUGCCCGGACUGCCAGUGCCAGAAGAAUCGCCAACCAAAGAGGAUGAGGAGGAGAACACGAUGCAUAAUACCCUGGUGCUCUUCUCGAAAGAAGACAAGUACACUCUCUUGCAGGACAUGUGUGUUGUAUGUGGAAGCUUUGGAUUGGGAGCUGAGGGUCGCCUACUUGCCUGCUCACAGUGCGGACAGUGUUACCAUCCUUACUGUGUCAGUGUUAAAAUAACAAAGGUGGUGCUGAGCAAGGGCUGGCGCUGCCUGGAGUGCACUGUGUGUGAGCUCUGUGGCAAAGCCUCUGACCCCGGCCGCCUCCUGCUCUGUGACGACUGCGACAUCAGCUACCACACGUACUGCUUGGAGCCGCCACUGCACACCGUGCCCAAAGGUGGCUGGAAAUGCAAGUGGUGUGUGAAUUGUGUAAACUGUGGAGCCACAUCGCCGGGCUUCAAGUGCGAUUGGCAGAGCAACUACACGCAGUGCGGGCCAUGUGCCAGCCUGCUCGCGUGCCCCAGCUGCAGCGAGGCGUACCAGGACAAUGAGCUCGUUAUCCAGUGUCGCCAGUGCGAGAGGUGGGUACAUGCCAGCUGUGAGAACCUGCUCUUGGAAGAUGCGGUGGAGGAGGCUGCAGACCAAGGCUUCGACUGCUCCGCGUGCCGGCCGUUUGUUACCGUGCCUCAAGUUCCUGCCUCAAGCGAUGAAGAGUCUCAGGAAAAUGAACCCGUGACUCCUAUUGUACCGUGCAUCAAAAUCAAGGAGCCAGAGCCGCCCAAGGUGUACUCACGAGACGGCGUGUACCUGACGGAGACGGGACUGACGCAGCUGCAGAGCCUGCUUGUGCCGCCCGUGCCGCGCAAGCAGCGCCGGCCCAAGCUGCGCCUCAAGCUGCCUGGGCAGCCCGACCUCGUGACGGAGCUGCAGAGCCCCAUUGAGCUGCAUCCCCAGAGCAACCCUCUGGAGCAGGAGCCACUGCCUGAUGACAUCAAGGGUGAGGCCGAGACCAUGGAGUGCGACAACAAGUCAGAAACGUUCACCAGCCCCGAGCGGGAGACACAGGAGGACAGCGCCGUGCUGUGCAGCAAGGAGGUGGACAGUGUCAAGAAACGCAAGCGCAACCCCUACCGGCCAGGGAUCGGGGGCUUCAUGGUGCGGCACCGUGGGCGUGGGGGCGCCAUGCGGGGAAGAGGCGUGUCCCGCCGGGGCACAGGCGGAGCACGUUCUGACUCCCUGACCAGCCCCGUAGCGUCCGACAUCGGGAGGUCUGAUGACGUGACCAGUGAACAUCUCCCCGAGACGCCCAUGGAUGAGAUAACAGCAACUCCGGAGCCAAUUGAGAAGCAGAAGCAGAGGCGCUGGAGGAAGAAAAAGAGUGCCCUGGAGGAUGCUUUUCCCACGUACCUGCAGGAGGCCUUCUUUGGGAAGGGGCUCCUAGACACAAGCAAAGAGAAGCGCUCCAGCCUUGAUCUCUUCUCCGACGAGGAGUCGGCACAGCCAAGCGAGGGCCCUCAGCAGAAACCCACACCCCCUGCGCAGUCGGAGACCCCUGAGGUGGUGGCCAGAGACGAGGCAGGGCCCACGGACGAUGGAACUCCUGUGCAAGCCGAGCGUCUCCGGGAACCCUGCCUCACGUCUACUCCCAUCAGUGCAGGCACGGCCACGGACGACGGAAAGGCGCAGGUGCCCCGAGCAGCUGAGGACCCCCUGGCAGCCCUCUCCGAGGUCCUGUCCAGUGAUGAGAUCCUGGGCAUCCUAUCAGGGGGUCUCAGAAAGUCAUCAGAAACCACAGGUUCCGAUUUAGACUCUUUUCACCUCGUGAACUCGCCUUCUCCGUUCGCCGGUCUGGACUUGGGCUCCAUACCAGAUGAGCAGAGCAGCUCUGCCCAGGGCCCUGCUGCUGCUGCUGCUGCUGCAACGCAGCGUGGCCAACAGCUGCGGGCUGAACCACUCGACAGCCUGCUGGGCACCUCCGACCUAGACCGCAUCGUCACCGAUGAGCUGGCAAAGAUUGAAGCGAAGGAUGUGGCUGACCUUUUUUCCGCAAUCAGCCCAGCAGGGGGAAGUCAACCCCAGCCCCCAGUCCAGAACACUCACGGCAUUCUGGGUGCAGCAAGGAACCUGACAACACUUUCACAGUUUCCCGCACACGGUCGCUCGGAGCCCUCGCCCAUGAUGCCACAGGCUUCUUUCCCAGAGUUUAGUGGUUGCAGGGAAAAGGUGUCUUCGUUCAGCCCCUCUUCCAACCCUGCCAGCCCAUGGAGUGCGGCGGGAGCGCCCCCAGCUGUGGCCGGAGAGGGGGAGGGGGACGGCCUCUCUUACAACCAGCGCAACAUCCUCAAGUGGGAGAAGGACGAGCUGCUGGGCGAGAUGGCGACCACUUCCCCUGUGCUGUAUGCCAACAUCAACUUCCCCAACCUGAAAACCGAGUACCCGGACUGGCCCACAAGAGCCAAACAAAUUGCUAAGCUGUGGCGUAAAGCCAGUGCAAGUGAAAAAGCUCCAUUUCUGCAAAAAGCGCGUGACAACCGUGCCGCGGUGCGGAUCAGCAAGGCGCAGCGGGCAGGCGAGACGCUGCUGCGGAAGCCCCUGGAGCUUGCGGAGCCCGUUGGGGGGGCACAGUCCGAGCAGCACGCCAAGGAGCAGCAGCGGCUCAGAGAGGUAGAGCAGGAGCAGGAUUGGAGGCAGAGGCAGCAACUACGUUUGCAAAGCAAACAGCAAGCAAAGUUGGAAGCGACACAGCGCCUGGAAAUGGCAAAGCAGGAACAGCUUCUGCAGCAACGUCAGCCACAGGGAGGCCAGACGGACAGCCAGGAGACCAGCCCGGCCCGAGGGGGAAAAUUGGAAAUCAAUAUGUCAUCGCCCCCGCAUGGAGGGCAGGAAGGCUCACAGCAACAAUCGAUUGGAAGUCAAAUGCGUGGAGAUGAACAUUCCUCUGCAGGAGGAAAAGUGGAGCCACAGGUGAUCACUGCCAACAGUGGAAGUCGGGGAAAAGUGCUUCCUGAUGGGAUGUUGGAAGGGCAUGCUGGUGCAGGACGACAAAUUGGAGACCAGACCAAAUAUCAGCUCGAAACACAAACGUCAAGUGGCCAGGCAGGAUCAGUAACAGAAGGUCAGCAUCAGGAAAGAAUACCUGCAGCAGAAAAGAAUGGAAUGCUGGGACUGGCAACUUCUUUAUCAGAAACAUCUGCUGAUGGGAGAGUAACACCACAGUUGAAGCACAUGUCCCCAUCUUCAAACAUGUUUGUGAGACCUCAAACUCCUGGAACCCCCACGUCAUUCAGUCAAGGUGAUGUAUUUGUGAAACCACAGGCUCCAGGGCCUUCCAGGCUUUCUUCUCAAGGCUCUCAGUCACCUGCUCAGUCACCAGUGAACUCCAGACCAAAUUCUCCCUUUGAUACGUACUCUAAAAUGCCAGGCACCCCAAGGCCGUCAUCUCACGGUGACAUGCCGGCUGAGCUUUGUCCAAAUUCACCAGAUCCAUUUUUAAGACCAAGGCCUCCUGGUUCAACCAGCAUGGAACCAUGCUCCUCUGGGAAUAUAGGAGUUAUGAGGCAAAGGCACGUUUCUGCAGAUGAUCCUUACAGCAGAAUGCCUGGCACACCACGACCCAUGCAUGCCACUGAUGAUCCAUACAGCAGAAUGCCUGGAACACCACGGCCUAUGCAUGCCGGAGAUGACCCAUACAACCGAGUACCUGUUCCUUCUCGGCCUUGGCCAGGCAGUGAUAAUGCAUAUGGAAGAAUGCCUGGAACGCCAAGACCUCACUCUUCUUCAGACGUGUAUGCAAAGCCAACUGUAAACACUGCUGCUGACCCAUAUGCUAGACAACCACUAACACCAAGACCAAACUCCUUACAAAUGAAAAUUCUGCCUGGUCAAGGAGUCUCGCCAUCUGCCAUUGGCCCAUCUAACCAUGAAGCAAACCAAGUGUUUAAAGCCCCUCUGCCACCUCACAUGGGUCCAUCUACUCCGAGCUCACCUAGAGCAGGUUCCCACGACAGACCCUCCAUGCCCCAACGCACUGUUGAGCAAAGCAUGCAGAUGCCUCCAUCACCAACAAGACAAAUGGCUGGUGAUCCAUAUGCUCAACAGCCACACACACCUAGACCCAUGAUGAUUGAUCCUUAUUCCCAGCCUCCGCUAACACCAAGACCUCCAAACAUUGAGUCAUUUGCUCAUCCACAGCAAGUGUCUCAGUCAACACCCUAUUCUCACCACCAGUCUACAUAUAGAAGUUCUCAUGGCGAGCUAUAUCCUCAGCAAAGGCUUCCUCCAGGACAGACGUCAGGGGAGUCACAGCAGCCAACAUUGUCUUCACCCAAUGACCCUUAUUCCCACCAGCCAGCAACAACUCGUCCAGUGCAAAUUGACCCAUAUUUACAAUCGUCAUCCACACCACAGGUGUCUUCUGCUGCUCAGUAUUCCCAGCGUCAAAACUCAACAAAUCCUCCUGUUUACAGUGGCUACAAUAUUCCUCCGUGUAGCCCCAGGCAUCCUUCAAUUGACCAAUCAAUGAGCUCUCCUCAGCCUUCACAAGCAUCAAACCUUGCACCCAUGCAGUGUAUGCAGCCUUUGCAAGGGCCUCGAAUGAUGGUCAUGGCUCGUUUUCCCAGCCCUGCAUCAAAACCUGGGCCAGAGAUGCCUCAUCACAAGGAUCCCAACCUUCAGCCUGCCGUGAGUGCAGGACAACAGAAUAUAGGAUGCCAGUCUCCCCAGACAUCAGGGUCAGCCACCCCCCAGGGUGAAACCUUUGGCCAGGCUUCUUUAGCCCCAAGGCAGAUGUCAGCAGAAUCCAUAGGACAACCUAAGCCUUUGGGGAGCGGUGGUAUGGGCGAUCACCAGGCAUUGAGCGCGCCGAUGCAACCCCAAGGUCUGGGCUCCUCACACGCUGUGCCCAGCAUUCCAACGUCACAGUUUGGACCUCAGCCCCCCGCGGUGUUGCAGCUCAAGGAGUCCCCAGGAGGCGCAGCUUCAACAGAGCAGCAGAGCAUGGGGGCAGCACCGCAUGAUGCUGAACUGGAAAAGCAGAAGCAGAGACAGAAACUUCGCGAGUUGCUGAUUCGCCAGCAGCAGCAGAGGAAGGCUCUACAUCAGGAGAAGGCAUUACAGGAGCAGAUGGUGGUGGAGGGAGGGAGUAUUCCUCUGAGACACUGGCCUCAGGAUGAUGGGGCUCAUCAGCAUGAGCCACCACACAACAAACCUCCACCACCGUACCCAUCACAAACGCCUUUUGGAGGUCAGAGGAAUUUUUCUGAGUUGGAGGUCGGAAGAUUUCAAUCGCCAGGACUAUCUGGAACACCACCGAGUUCUCUUUCCGAAGUUCACUGCAGACCACAGGUUCCUGGUGAAUUUCAGGGUCUGGAGUUCAGAAAUGCAGGUCCUAGGUUUCAAUUGCACCAACGAAUGCAUGUUCCUGAAAACUAUCCUGGUCAGCCUCCGCACAUGCGAGCUGCGUCCAGUCCUCAGUAUAACAGUCCAGGCUCAUUCCCCCAGCAAUUCCAAGUACACACCAUUCCACCACAUGGCCAUCCACCCAACAGCCCACAGUUCAUUGAGCUGCGACACAAUGCUCCCAUAUAUCGCAUUCGUCCACCUUUCAGUGGAAUACCACAGCAGCAUCGUGCAAUGAUUGACUCUCGACAGCAGAUGCAGAGUCGCCCUCAAGGCGCACAAUAUGCGCAUGCAUAUAGGCCGCCAAUGAAUCCGCACAUACCCUUGAGUGAGCCGACGGUUUCUGCCAGUCAAGGCCUAACUGUAGGUGCAGAGCUAUCCAAUCCAGCUUUGCCACUGCAUCAUGGAUCGCAACAGCAACCCACCUCUACUAUGCCACAGCAGAUAGUUCAAAUGAUGCAGCAACGUCAUUUUACCCCACAGCAGGCACAAAACUUAAUUCAGCAGCAGCAACAGCAGACUUUCAAUCAAAGGCUUCAACAACAAAACCCCCUUCUACCAGAACAGCAUCCAUCCAAUCCCACGAUGCCACAGCAGCAGCAACAGUCUGUUCCUCUGAUGCGACAGCAGUCAGCUAACAUCAUGUCAGCGCAACAAAGUCAAAAUGCAUCUAUGGUUCAGCCUCAAAGCACAGAGCCACAGCAAACUGAUGAGUGCACCCAACAAGAAAUAUUGACUAAGACUGCUCCCGAAAAAGGUGUGGCACCUACAACUCAACAGCCGGAAGCUGCUCCUACCUCAGAGAGUGUAGUUGAACAGCAUACUUCUGACGUGAAGCCUGGAGACCUCGGAGACAAAGAGCUGGAUGACCUGGCAGCUGUGAAGGCACUGGGUGAUGAAGAUGAUGACCUUGAAAAUUUAACUCUCGAUCCCAUUGAUGGAAAGGGUGGUGAGAGUGAUCUAGAUACUCAUCUGGAUGAUCUGUUGAUGAAGGGUGGAGAGUUUGAUCUGCUUGCCUACACAGACCCUGAGCUUGGAAUGACCGACAAGAGAGACAUGUUUAACGAACAACUUGGACUUGGAGACCCAGUUGAGGAAAAGGGUGGUGACUCUGGGAAUGGGGCGAUGAGUCUAGAUGACAAAGAAUGUGUGGAGUUGGUUGAGAAAGCCUGCAGUUCGUCAUCACUGUUGCCAGAUUCAGUAUCUUCUGUGGUAAAAGAAGAAGUUGUUCCAACUUGUAAAGAUGAUUGCAAGGAGAGUGACCCAAAGUUGAAUAGCAAAGAGUCUGAUUCCUCUGUUGUGACUUCAUGCACCAAUAAAAAUGAGACACAAAGUACAGUUUCAGCUGUUUCAUCUUCUGAUCCACUUGAGCAAACUGCAAAAUCGGUAAAUGUGCUCUCCAAAAAUAAGCAAGAUGAAACCGUGAUCACGAAACAGGAAUCGUCUUGUGGAAAUAAUAGUCCUGAAAACACAGCUACGCCAGUUGUAUCAGCAGCACUAGAUCAAACAAACAUCUCAACUAUUGUUUAUAGACAAUCUCAAGGAAGCACUCACUAUAAUACACCCCCACAACAAAUAUCUGAACUUGACAAGGUGCAUAUCGUAAAUAAAUCAAACCAGAUAUCAACAGUCUCUAAGCCACUUAACCCAAGUCCAACAUCCAGCUGUGUAGGAAUCAGGCAGCCAGUGAACAAUCAACACGACAUGGGAUCAUCACAAAUCCCUGUUGGCUCUCCAGCGAACGUGCACCAUAUGACGUUGAGUUCCAAGCCUUACCAACACAUGAACAUUACUCCUAUGAGCUGCACCUCCAACAGUCAUCAGAUUCCUGUGGGAUCUCCUGUGAGUGUGGCUCUGGGCUCACCGGCCCAUGGACAACAAAAAACUAUGGGAUCUCCAGUCCCAGGCCAGCAUCUACCUUCUGGGUCUCCAGCAUCUGGGCAACACUUGCCCAUGGGUUCCCCAGCACCUGGACAGCAUAUUACCAUGGGGUCACCUGCUCCAGGGCAGCACAUGACUGGCGGCUCGCCAGUUUCCAAUCAGCAUCUGCCAAUGGGAUCUCCUGCACAUGGACAGCACCUGCCGCUAGGGUCUCCCGUACACGGUCACCACAUGACUAUGGGGUCUCCUGCAAGCAUGGCGGUUGGCUCUCCUGCAGGUGCACACCUUGCAACUGUGGGUUCACCUGCCCCUGGUCAGCAGCGCUUGGCCAUGAACUCGCCUCAUCCGACAGUGGGAUCCCCACACUUCACUGUGGGUUCCCCUUCCAGCCAAAAACAGAUCAAUUUGCAGCAGCCAGGUGUAAACCCAGGCAUGAUUCCACAGGCCAAUUUUAAUCCAUCUCAUUCAUCAGGAAUGCCUCCUGCAAUGCCCCCAGGACACCAAGGCCCUUUCACGCCAUCCCACUCGCUGCCACCACCUUCUCAGAUGUCUUUACAAAAAGAGAAGUCUCUGCUGCUGGAUGAGCAGCCUCUUCUCCUGCAGGAUCUCGUAGAGCAGGAGAAAAAGGAACAGCAACGUCAGCAAAUGCAAGCCAUGCUGCAGCAACAACAGCAGCGUCAGCAGUCCAUCACAGGAUCCAUGUUUCCCAACAUUGACCUCGAUAAAUUCACUCCAGAUGACAUCACUGAUCCAAUAGCCAAAGCCAAGAUGGUGGCUCUGAAGGGCAUUAACAAAGUCAUGACACAGGGGGCCAUGGUAGUCCCAUCCAUUGCCAGGCCGCGCAUUCCUGUAAUGACACAACAGAUAAUGGGAAGCAGUGACCCUCCACCUUCAAGUGGACAGCAAAUAGAGGUUGGUGGGUCGAGUAUGAUGCAGAUGGCUCGACCAAAUCCACCAACAUUUGGAGCUGUUAUGACCGAUGCAGACGUUGGUCAGUAUAGGGAGUGGCUUCUGCACACCCAAGCCCUCCUUCAGAUGCAGCAGAAGUUUCUUGAAGAUCAGAUUGGCGCACACAGAAAGUCAAAGAAGGCUCUGUCUGCAAAACAGCGUACGGCCAAGAAAGCUGGGCGUGAAUUGGCAGAAAAAGAUGCAGAGCAGUUGAAAAAUGUCACUGAGCAGCAAAGUAUGGUGCAAAAACAGUUGGAACAGCUUCGUAAGCAGCAGAAGGAGCAUGCAGAGCUCAUUGAGGAGUUCCGCACAAAGCACCAGCAGGCACAUGCGUCAGGUGCUUCUAGUGCUGGGAUGAGUGGAGCUCUGCAGGGUCCCCCUAACAUGAUGCCGAUGGGACCUGGGCAGCAAGCCGGAAUGGGACCUCUUGGUCCUGGUCAACAGCCUGGAAUGAGACCGAUGAUGCCUGGGCAGCAGGCAAAUAUGAGGCCCAUGGGCUCAAUUCACCAGCAAGGAAUGAGCCCCAUGGGCCCUGGUUCACAACAAGGCAUGGCUGGCAUGGCUGCUGGUCUUCAACAAGGCAUGGGACCUAUGGGACUUGGAUACCAACAAGGCAUGAGGCACAUGCCACCUGGUCUUCAACAGAGCCUGAGGCACAUGGGCCCUGGUCAUCAGCAAGGCAUGAGGCAAAUGAUGCCAGGACAACAGCAAGCCAUGAUGUCACUUGGACCGAUGGGGCCGGGGCAACAGCUGAGCAUGAUGCUGUUGGGGCAGAUGGGUCCUGACCAACAGCAAGGAAUGAGAUUGAUAGGACCAGGGCAACAGCAAGGAAUGGGGUCACAGGGUCAGAUGGGUCCUGGGCAGCAGCAAAGUAUGAGGCUGUUGGGACCCGGUCCACAGCAGGGAAUGCCACCAAUGGGGCAAAUGGUUCCUGGUCAACAGCAAGUAAUUAGAAUGAUGGGUCCUGGGCAACAGCAAGGCUUAGGUUCAAUGGUACAGAUGGGGCCUGGCCAGCAGCAAGGCAUGGGGCAGAUGGGACCUGGGCAACAGCAAGGCAUGAGGCACAUGGGACCAGGGCAACAGCAAGGAAUGAGGCAGCUAAUAUCUGGACAACAGCAAGGCAUGAGGCCCAUGGGUCAGAUGGGCCCUGGCCAACACUUAGGAAUGAACCAGAUGAUGGGUGUUUCACAGCAGGGGAGUGGACAGUUUGGUCCAGGGCAGCAGCAAGGAAUGAGGCUCAUGGGCCCUGCACAACAACCCAUUGGUGCAAUGGGCCAAAUAGGACCUGGCCAGCAGCACACAAUGAGACAAAUGGGGCCUGGUCCACAGCAAGGAAUGGGGCCUGGGUCACAGCAUAAUGAAAUGGGACAAAAUCCAUCGUCCGUUCAUUUUCAGUCAAUGGGGGCAAUGGGAAAUCAACAAGUGACAGGGCAGAGGCAGCAUACAAGUGUAGGAGGUAUGGAGCCAGCAUUACCAAGUGGAGCUGAACAUCACAGUGCAAUGGAGUUUGCACUAAAGCAGGAGCAUAGCCCCAUUCAUCAGGGAGGUGUUGGGUCAAUGGGACCUGGACAGCAAACAAGUGCUGGGUCUGUGGAUGCCCGACAGCAAUUGAAUUUCGUCCAAGAACAUCAACAAGCUAUGAGUGGCAUUGGGAGAUUAAAGAAUGUCCCAUCAGAAACUGCUGGCUCUGAACUUCAACAAAACAUUGGGAUUUCUGAACAGCCUUUCAUGGGGCAUUCUCACCAAGAGAAGCAAAUAAACAUAAAAUCUUUGGGUCAAAAUAUCCAAACAGUAAAUGCAACUGGCAUUAAACCGAGUGCGGGUGGAACUUUUGGUCAAGGAUAUUCACAGAGUGUUCGACCAGGAUUUAGCUCUCGCUCAUCACCAAUUAUAUCUGGUCACUCGCCUCGACCUGGAUCAAAGACACCAGAAAAUGUAGGGCUAGGGUUUCAGUCAACAGUGACCACAGUUGCACCAAACGUUUCUGACACUAACCAGGCAGAUAGAGACCUCAAGAAGUUGGGAACCUCACCCAGAGCUGAAUACGAACUUCAGCAAUACGGCAACACCAAUACAUCUGUUCAUCAACCUGGUGCUGCUGGAACACAACAAAACGUGCAUUUUAAAACCAGCCAGCUACAAGCAAAUGCCCAAGCAUCUAGUAGUACAAUUUCUGAAAGUUGUGUACCCAGAGCUAAUCUAGAAAUUAAUAAAGACAAUGGAGGCCAAUCAAUGACAGAAAACAAGGCAUGUGCAGCAGGAAAGCAGAGCCCGGUGUCAGAAGUCUUGUCUAAACCACCAUACACAGAUGUGGCCGAUUGUCAGAAAGGUGAAAAAAGCAAUUCCUUACCAAAUGUAAUACCGACUUCGACACAAGCGAUAAAUCCUGCACCAAGUAAUAAGCAGCAGGGUUUUUCAGGCUCCUCACAAUCAAGAAAUAUGUUUCUGCAAUCGCACCCUGGUGUCCAGGCUGUACCGUCAGGCCAAGGCAAAAAUGAUGGGCACGUAACACCAGACCCUGUUCACACACCUGGCACUGGAGGUCAUAUGGCAGACUCGCCUAGCCGAGUGUCAAGCGAUGGUGCCACAAACCUAGGAUCAACAAAUCAAGAGCAGGCUGAUGAAUCAAAGCCCAUUGGCAUGAUGGUAUCAGGAACUGAAAAUAUGAAGACUGAAGCAUCUGCCAGCGAGGAAAGUCGAAGUGCAAGUGGAACAAAUUUUGACAAUAAUCCAUUUAGUGACACUUUCCAGGACCGUGAACGGAGGGAGAGGCUGAGGUUACAACAGGAGCAGCAACGCAUUCAACUUAUGCAGGAGGUUGAACGUCAUCGGGCCAUGCAGAAUUAUGAGGUUGAGUUUCAGAAACAGCCAAAUAUUGUGUCAAGUGCUCAAAGUGAAGUAACAGAUGGACCCUUAAGGCAUCAAGCAAUGUUGAGUGCAAUUCAAGUGCAGAGUAACCAACCGACUAUCCAUUUAGAGAGGGCACAACAACAGCAGCACCAGCAACGCUUUAUGGGACCUGGACACCUUGCUCAUGGCCAGAUGUCAAGACAACAACAACAUUUGAUGAUGGGAGUAAGGCCUGUUCAUGGUAAUACUUCUGUUGAUGGAAACCAGUCACAGAUGGCAAAAUGUUUUGGCCCAGAGACACUUGAUCAAGAAAGCAGGCUACAGCAACCUCCAGUACCACAAUCCCCAGUCCUUGCACAACCUCCAGGAUUUGUGAGCCCCACGCAUUCUGGGUCCGUUAAUUUCCCCCAGGGCCCUGAGAUGGUCCACCCUGGACAAGGUGGUAUAUAUCCAUAUCGCCCAGGGUUUCCUGGUAAUGGAGCAAUGUUCCAGCAGCAUGUUGGACCCUCUGGGCCCCGUGGUCCCCACCAGAGGCUGCCCUUCAACCCUGGGAUGGCAUUUCCUGGCCAGCCUCCAAGGCAGCCAGGGUUGAAUCAGCCUCAGCUUGGACAGGAGGUCGGCACAAUGCCUCUACCUCCAAAUUACCCUGGAGCCAGCACGUCACUCAUCCAGCUCUACUCCAACAUUAUCCCCGAGGAGAAGGGAAAGAAGAAGAGGAUGCGGAAAAAGAAAAAAGAGGAUGAUGCAUCCUCCACUCCCAUGUCACCAGGUACUCCGGGCAGCAACCCAAGCAUCCCAAGCACGCCCACAACCCCCAGCACACCUUUUGCAAAUGAAUUAGGUCAUGGGCCACAUCCUGGGACUCCUAUGGUACUCCAGUCACCAGGCUCGUCAGGGAUUGGGCCUCAUCAAAUGGUGCCGCAUUCCCCAGGUAGUCAUUACAGUCAUUCAUUAGGGAGGCCCAUGCCUGCUGGAAUUACCCGCAUGGUUCAUGAGCCAUUCAGUGCUCAAGACGGCAUGCAUCAUCUGCAACUGAAGCCUGAACAAAUGGAAUUGGGAAGUUGUGGCGGAGCACAGAGGCCCAUGGGCAUGAUGACGGGAGCUACUGGCAUGUCCCUCACACAGUUCGGAGCAGUGAGAGCGCAUCACCUGGGGGGUGGGCCACAUCACAACCUGGCAGACUCCGGACACAUGGUCUCAGGGCCACUUGCUCCUCCCCAUAGCCCGAUCCGCUCCAUGUCCACUGUCGAUUCGUCCAUGGUAGAGACAAAGUCCGAAUCUGGCAACGAAUUGCUCAAGAAGCUGCUGCAGGCACGGCACGUGAGGCUGCAGAAUGUACACGCUCAGUACCAGCUGCCCAUGGCUGGAGAGGUUCCUGCAGCGUCAGAAGGAGGAGGUCUGCUACCUCAGCAGUUGCCUGUGGACAGGAAGGAGGAAGGCAAGCCAUCUAUGGCUGUCGGAAUGCCCCCUGCCAGGCACCACGUGCAGCCCAGGAAACUGGAUGUCGAUCACAAACCUGACAGCAUGAUUCCUGGGAAACUGGAGCCAUCGGUGGCGAGCUCCCAGCCAGUUGGGUCUGCCAACUACCCUCCGCAAAUGGGCUGCGCCCAUGAAGGCAUGGAGAGGAAGAGGGAAGUGAAAGGCAAUGCAGAGUGGAGGAGGGAUGGCAGAGAGGAUGUAGACACGGAGCCUGACCCCUCCUGCCCAGAGCAGCGCAUGCGGAAGGUGCCCAAGGGUGUGGGCAAGGGGGCGACACGCAAGAAGCGCAAAAAGGAGGAGGAGGAGAAGUGGAAGCCAUACACGAGCACAGAUGCCCUGAUGUCUCAGCUCAAGCAGCAACUGGCCUUGCUGCCACUGAUUGAGCCAACCAUCAAGGUGAACCUGGGGCUCUUUCCACCCCAUGGCUCGAACCGGCUCAAUGGCGACAGCCAGCUAAAGGGCUCCUUCGGGAGCGCUGUUCUGGAUGGCGUGCCAGACUAUUACACGGAGCUCAUAUUCAAGCAGACGAAUCUGAGUAAUCCCCCCACACCGCCUGCCUCGCUGCCUCCUACUCCGCCUCCACCUGGCACGCGCCAGAAGCUUCUCAAUGGCUUCGCCACUGCGGAGGAGCUGACCGGGAAGUGCUUGGAACCGCGUCGGCCGCCUCAGGCAUUCCCUUUCCCCUACGUGGACGGCUUUGGACAAAUGACUCCGCAGGGCCCACGCGCGGUGGACGUCCCCGCGUCACUGCCCACGCCGCCCCACAACGGCCAGGAGGACGUCAGUCGUCCCCAGGAGGCCCCGGGGGAGCGCGAGUCUCCCGAUAGCAUCAUCUUCACGUCGUCCCCGGAGAGCGUGACGGGCACGGAGCCGCCACGUUUCCCUGUGAUGGACGAGCGUCCCGACACUUCCGCCUCCCCCGUCAUCCCGCUGUUGCCCAGCGCCGGCACUGCACUGGGGAGGAGCGUGAGAGGAGGGACUUUGACUUCCGCACAGCCUCAGCCGUACAACAGCAAUGACCACGUCUCCGUCACGCUCACCCUGUCCACCAACGCUGCUGAUGACAUAAAUAGAGUGGUGUCGGCUGUGGCACACUUGCUGCGUGUCGCGGUGCCCAACAGCUACGAGUACAGCGACUGUCCCGUACAGCGACUACCCACGCACCCACUCCUGGGCACCAUGCAUCCUGGCCAGCACACCGAGCAUGCCGCCCCGGGCCGCAUGGUGGGUGGGAAGCCAGCCGGCAUGCAGGCACAGCUGCAGAAAUUGCAGCAGCAGCAACGGCAGCAGGCACAGCAGCAGCAUGCGCAGCAGCAGCACGUGCAGCAUCAGCAGUCGCAGCAGCAGCAGGUGCAGCUGGCGCAGCAGCAGGCACGCAGGCAGUGGUGCCGCCACUGCGAUGUGGUGGUGCUGGGCUCGGGUGUGCGUGUACGAGCAGCUGACCUCCCCUUCUCUGUCAAGGGCUCCACCAGUGUUUUUGAAACCUCCAACCAAGAGAUCGUGUUCUGCAGCAGCAACUGCUACUCACAGUAUGCAGCAGCCCUGCAGGCCUCCCUCAGCCAGGCCAAGGAGAGCCCUCGCGUGAGAAUAGGCGAUCCGGUGACCGAUGAGAAGGACAGGCUCAGAGCGGCACCACAAACGUUUGGGCCCCACACGCCAGGGAGAGGUCCCAAUGCCCGCCACCAGCCGGGGCCCACACAGCAGCCUGUGACCCAGCCCGGCACAGCGCCAGCGUCACAGCAGCCCCCGGACGGAGCACAGGCACCACCCGGGCAACCCCCCCAGCCGUACCAGCGUGGGGAGAUGUGCCUGGACGUGCGGACGCUGCCCAAAUACCCGGAACCCGACCGCGAGCCCGGCCUCCAUGUUCCAGUUCAAGUUGCGGCGCCGGAUUCGCAGCCGUCGGCGCCGUUGGAUGGUGGCGUGAAGCUCGAGAUGAAGGAGGCGGAGGGUUUGGCGGCAGCGUCGUCGGUGUCGGCACCCAGGUCGAACGUCCACAGCAAGAGCCACAAGCCCCGUGCGCCACGCGCAGUGCACGCAGCCGACAUGCCGGAGGAGCCCAGGUUGGCCUGCUCGCCCGCACGGCCGCCCAUGAGCUCCCCGCCACGUGCACCCCCCCGCCCCAUCAUCGUGCAGCCGCCCGCCUGCAAGAAGUGGAAGGGCGUCCGCUGGAAGAAGUGGCGGUUGCAGGUGACGGUGCUCUCUCACAGCGGGGUUUUGCGCCCACCAAGCGAGGAUGAGAUUGAGGAACUAAUGCGCAAGCUGGGUACGUCGUUGCGGCCCGAGCCGGCGCCCCCAGACAUGCGCAGCUGCUCCUUCUGCCACUUGCAGGGCGACGGUGCCACUGACGGCCCCGCCCGCCUGCUCAACCUCGACCUCGACAUCUGGGUCCACCUGAACUGUGCCCUGUGGUCCAGCGAGGUGUACGAGACACAGGCCGGCGCCCUCAUCAACGUGGAGGGCGCGCGCCGCCGAGGCCUCGGAACAAAGUGCGGUGCCUGCCUGCGCAUGGGAGCCACCACCAGCUGCAACCGGCCGCGCUGCCCCAACGUCUACCACUUUGCGUGCGCUCUGCGCAUGCGCUGCAUGUUCUUCAAGGACAAGACGGUGCUGUGCCCCGCGCAUCGGCCGCGCAGCUCCACCGGGCAGGAGCUGGGCUGCUUCGCCGUGUUGCGCCGCGUCUAUGUGCAGCGCGACGAGGUGCGGCAGCUUGCCAGCCUGGUGCGGCGCGGCCCGAUGGGCGGCGGCACGUUCCGCGUGGGCAGCCUCCUCUUCCACGCGCUGGGUCAGAUCCUGCCGGGCCAGGCCUCCUCACCGUACUUCCACAGCCGCACGGCGCUCUACCCCAUCGGUUACCAGGCCACGCGUCUCUACUGGAGCACGCGGUACACCAACAAGCGCUGCCGCUACCUAUGCUCCGUGAGCGAAGCGGAGGGGCGACCGCAGUUCACGGUGCGCAUCGUGGAGCAGGGCCACGAGGAUCUGGUGCACGCCGCCUCCACGCCGCAGGGGGUGUGGGACAAGAUCCUGGAGCCUGUGGUGCGGCUGCGUAAGGGCGCCGAGAUGCUGCGUCUGUUCCCCGACUACAUGCGAGGGGAGGAGAUGUUUGGCCUCACCGUGCAGGCUGUACUCCGCAUCACCGAGUCGCUGCCCGGCGUCGAGUGCUGCCAGAACUACAUGUUCCGCUAUGGGCGCCACCCGCUCAUGGAGCUGCCCCUGGCCGUGAAUCCCUCGGGCUGCGCGCGCACCGAGCCUCGUCUGCGCUCCCACUUCAAGAGGCCUCACACCCUGAAUAGCAGCAGCAACUCCAAGUCGUUCCAGAGCACGAUGUCUGGCGAGCUCUCCGCCCCCUACAGCAAGCAGUUUGUCUACUCCAAAUCGUCGCAGUACCGCCGCAUGAAGACCGAGUGGAAGAUCAACGUGUACCUUGCUCGCUCCCGUAUCCAGGGCCUGGGACUCUACGCAUCAAGGGACAUAGAAAAGCACACGAUGGUGAUCGAGUACAUCGGGGAGAUAAUUCGUAACGAGGUCGCCAACCGGCACGAGAAGCUAUACGAGUCCACGAACCGUGGUGUUUACAUGUUCCGGUUGGACAGUGAGCAUGUGAUCGACGCUACUAUAACAGGAGGGCCUGCCAGAUACAUAAACCAUUCGUGUGCUCCCAACUGUGUGGCCGAAUUGGUGACAUUUGACCGGGAGAACAAGAUCAUCAUCUCUUCCUGCCGGCGCAUUCAGAAGGGCGAAGAGCUGACCUACGACUACCUGUUUGACUUCGAGGAUGACCAGAACAAAAUCCCAUGUCACUGCGGGGCCAUCAACUGCCGUAAGUGGAUGAAUUGAUGUGGCGGCAGCAGACCCAGGUUGCCGGAAUGGUCAGCGUCUCGCUAAUGACGGACCCUUUUAAGCCGGACACGUUUUUUUCUGUCAUUGUUUUUUUUGCCCCAAGAUGCAGAACCAUCUGCAGACCUUUAUAGAAUUCUCCCAAAUAUUGAGGAAGUCUAGUUGAAAUUUAUUAGCUUUUCGAUGUGCAGCGGAAAGUCCCUAAGCAGAGAUUUUAUAUUGAAAAUAAUAAGAGCAGCCUGCUUACCAAAUGUUCUCCACCUUUAAGGUGUAAAAAAAAAAAUUGGGCAAGUCAAAAGGGAUUUUAAGAGCAAAGAAAAUCUCACAGACUGAAGAAUGUACUAAGGGACUACUUGCACUAAAUCGACCUAGCUUCUUGCUCAUCAGUUUCCACUUGGCUUCAGUUUUGUAAUGAAAGACGUUAUAGCAAGCUUAUUUAUAUUCACAGGCAGGGAUUCGCGUGGAGAGUUAAUACAAGUGACAGUGGGGUGCUGUUUCUGACAAAACGUAAAAAAGAGAAAAAUCAUUAUAGAGUUUAUCAUGUACAAAGUACUGUAAAUAUCAUGUGUGUAAAGCAGGAAAUGGGCGUGGGAUCGAAUCGACCAAACGUGCUUACCUGGCUCAGCUAAGAGUACUGGUGGGGACAGGUGCGCUGGGGUGGGUCGGUUUGUGGCUGUUACUGUGAAUUUACUAGAGGUGGCUCUGUAACAGGUUUUAAUAAACUAUUUUUCCAUGUGUAUGUUGUAGGUAGUUGUGUCUGAGAAGCUUGCCAUGACAUUUUUCUGACCUUAGUUUUAGGCUCAUUGGAAUGCUAACACCACUAUUGUGCAAGGGUGUGCGUGUGCAUAUUCCUUUAGGUUAUACUGGAUUGUUUUUCUGUCUUGCUGUAGUUAUGUGUUUGUCUUUUUAUUUGCUUUCAAUGGAUAAUUUGGAAAUUGUUUUGCAUAACAUAUUUUGCUGUUUGCUGUUAAGCAGAAUUGAAAAAUUGUGUGUAUAACUGUUUAAGUGCUAGCAGUGGACUGUAUACAGUAAUUACAUGCCUUUUUCACAGAAAUUGAAUGUAUAUGGCAUGUUUUAUUUUGUACUGGACAAUGGAAUUCAAUGUACAUAGUUGUCUGUAUUAAAAUGUUUAACCCUGGGGUUUUCCUGUACAGAAUGGUGAUAUAUCACUCGUCCAGUGGGUAUCGCUGGUUGUUGCCAUGUAUGUAUGGAAUCAUGUCUAAAACUCUACUGAAGAGGUUCUUGACUGUGUGAAAGAAAUAAAGCAGUGAUUAUUAAAUAA